GCAUCGUAUCGAACACAAAGCCAAAUCCAGAAGUAUUGCGGAGAUCAUGCUGAGCUUAAGCGCCUCAUCUUCCAGUUCCACCGCAUCUCCUGCUUCCGCUCCCUUCCCCUCUCGUCCCCACAAAUCCGAUCACCACUGCCCCGACCAUCACCGGAAGCUCCUCCUCCUCGCCGUCCGCCGCCGCCGUAUCCUCCUUGCCGUGCUUACGACCCCGUUCCUCCAUCACGCCCUCGUACCCCGCUCCCCGGCCCUCGCCCGUGGCCUCUUCCGGAUGCCCCCUCCCGGCCUAGCCAACCGCUACUUCCUCGUGCGCGCCGGGGAGUCGGUCUACGAGAGCUACGGCGUCCUGCGCACCAACCCUGUCGCCAAGACGUCCGUCGACAGCGGCCUUUCGGUCGAGGGCGCCAGGCAGGCUGCCCAGACCGCCCUCGAGCUGAAGCGACUGGGCGCUUGCGACGCGAGUUGCUGGAUCUGGCCCUCCAUUACCCAGCGAGCCUAUCAAGCUGCUGAAAUCAUCGCUUCAGUCAACGGCGUCGAUCGCAGCCGGAUCGUACCAGAGUACACUUUUCUUGAUGCUAGAGGUCUGGGAGCAUUUGAAGGAAGGAGUUUAGGUUCUAUCAAUAAGGUUUAUGAAUCAGAUUACAUUUCUUCUGAUAAUAAACCACCUCCAGUUGAGGAUGGCACACCAAAUGAGAGUGUUGCAGAUGUAUUUGUGAGGGUAACACAACUCAUGUCGAUAUUAGAAACACAAUAUUCUGCAGAUACAAUAAUUAUUGUUUCACCAGAUUCAGACAAUUUGUCAGUUUUGCAAGCCGGUUUGAUAGGACUCGAUUUGCGAAGGCACAGUGAUUUGUUCUUUAGCCCAGGCGAGGUGAGACUCGUCGAUCCAAAUAGCAUACCUGACUACAAACAACCAGCUUCUGCUGUUUACAAGUGCGCAAACCCUCCAAGUUGUAAAUAAUUAACUGCUCAUGAGAUUCGAUAUCUUCCAUUGUAUAUAUGACAAUACCGCUGAAUACUUGGUUACUUGAUGGUUUACUCUCAUCUGAUUUCCAAUA